GCCGACAUGCCGGCCGCCUUCAGUGGGAACUAACGUGAUUGUAAACACACGAUUCCAUCGCAUAUCGUGUUAUCGUAUGAUGAAUUUAUUCUGAGGGAUAGUUUUAAGGGUUAAAAAUCGUGGGGAAGGAUUUUUUUCGAGUGAUGCUGCGAAUCGGGAGACAAUUUUCUGGCGCUGGACACGUGACAUGUGAUUAUUCAGGAUGUUUGGGUGUGAAAUCACUGUGGAGGUUAUGGUGGACCAGGAAUAUCCAGGGGUAUGCGAAGGCCACCGCCAAAUUGGAGGUCGACAGCAGUGGACGAGUGAAAAUACGUAUGGAUCCCAGGGUCGAAGCCCUCAAGGAUAAACUUAUUUACUCGGAUUAUAUCGAUAGGAAACGAUUGAAAUAUGGGUAUGCAGUGAAUAAAAAAAUUGAGGCUCAAAUGGUGAGGGAGGAAGGGAGGAAAGCUCAGUGGGAGCACGUGAAUGGUCCACAUUACAGUGUGGCCUUGAAGUAUUUGCAGGCUGAUCAGGAGGAUUGUGAGGCGAAAGAAGUCCAGGAGCCUGAGCCUGAGGAGAAGGUGAGACCCAUUCACAUGCCAUAUGCCUCGACAGACAAGUAUGAGCUGGAGGAAACUGAUGUACCUGUCGAUGAGGCCCCUGAGCCUCUUCUCAAUACCAAAUAUAAGAAGCUUUAUGAGGCUUAUCUGGAUGCUAAAGAGUCCACGGAUAUGGCCCCCAGGCUGAAGAGACGAAUGGCGAAUCUGGAGAAACUGGUGGAGGAGGUGGAUGCCAGAGAACCAGGGGAGAAGAGCCGCAGGGCAGAGAUGAAGAGACCGCAGGACAGUCUUGAGAAUGUCCCACCCAACUGGAUGACUGAUUACGAGCAAUACAAUGACGCAGAUGACGAGGACUCCUGGGAGUUCAACUAUGGAACUCCAAAUAGAAAUAUUCCAAUCAGCAGUGUUCCAUGUGGUGGAUGUGGAGCACACCUUCACUGUCAGGAUGCAGCGAUACCCGGUUACCUACCCUCCGAGCUGUUCACAAAUCUCACAACCGACGAAGACUUGAAGAACACAAUCUGCCAGAGAUGUCACUUCAUGAAGAGUUACAAUGUGACGUUGGAGGUGAAAGUACCACCCGAAGAAUAUCCGCAAAUUCUCAGUCAAAUUGGUCUGAAGAAGCGAAAAGCCGCUGUGAUACUCAUGAUCGAUCUGACAGACUUUCCAUGCAGUAUAUGGCCGGAUUUACCUUCGAUCAUUGGAAAGUACACUCCCAUAUUUGUGGUCGGCAAUAAAGUGGAUUUACUGCCCAGGGAUUGUCCACGUUUUAUCGAUAAUGUUAAGAACUCUUUGAUGGAGGCGCUCAAGGAGUCGGGCAUUCGGGAAUUCAAUAUUAAACACGUCGAGUUGAUAUCAGCACAGACUGGAUAUGGAGUCGAGAGGCUCAUCAAUAAAUUGCAUAAGAUAUGGGAGUACAAAGGUGAUGUCUACAUGAUCGGCUGCACGAACGUGGGAAAAUCCACUCUGUUUAAUGCUCUUCUGCAGUCUGACUACUGCAAGGUACAAGCUGUGGAUUUAAUUCAGAGAGCUACGACGUCUCCGUGGCCUGGGACAACUCUCAAUCUCCUCAAAUUUCCCAUUUUAAAUCCAGUUCGGUGGCGAUUGGCUCUGAGAGCUCAAAGACGGAGGGCUGAAAUCGGUGAUGAACACGCUGAGCUGAAAUUUCGUCAACGUCAGACAACUGCUGAACGCAAUAUUUCGUUUGCAAUGUUGCAAGAAAGAAUUGGUAGAACUUUUCCAUUGAAAGCAACUCUAGGGGCACCAGCUUUAGCUGCGUACGAGAAAAGGUUAGCAACAGGUCGUAAAUUCGGUAUCGAUGAGAAUGAUGAGUGUUUUAUCAGAAGCAAAUGGUGUUACGAUACACCUGGUGUCGUUCAUCCAGACCAAAUUGUUCAUUUACUGACAACGGAGGAACUCUUACUGACAUUGUCUAGGAAAAUCAUAUCACCGAGGAGUUUUAUUUUUAAACCAGGUCAAACGUUGUUUUUGGCUGGACUGGGACGACUCGAUCUCUUGACGGGUCCUGAGUUCAUUAGAAUUACAGUUUUUGCUUCUGCAUCGCUUCCUGUUACGAUAUGUAAAACCGAAGAUGCUAAUGAGAUUUAUGAUGAGCUCCUACAUACAGACGCACUUGUUGUGCCUAUUAAUGAUCCAGAGAGAUUGAAAAUUUGGCCGCGUUUGGAGUAUAAGGAUUUUACGGCGAAGGGGAUCAGCAAGGACGUGUCGACUUGCGAUGUGCUUUUAUCAAGUGCAGGCUGGAUUUCUAUCUCUCCAAAUCAGGAGGAAACCGUGACCUUGAGAGCGUGGACACCCGAGGGACGAGGAAUUUAUCAGCGAACACCUGCUCUGCUGAGUAAUUCGAUAGCCCUUAGAGGGCGUCGAAUAAAAUCCUCAGCUGCGUAUCAAGUCGGACGGCAAGUGUACACAAAAAAUUGAGCAGUUCAGGAUGGACGAUUAUAUUAUAAAUAUACCGUUGGUUUUAUACUGUGAAAUGAU